AGGUGAAUGAUUGAGAAUCAGACUGAGCUCCUUUCUGUGGGACCUCGUCCCAUGCUCCUCCCUCCUCUCAGGGGAUGGCCAAGGUCCAGGAUGGACACACAAACACAUGUGACAGCCCUGCGAUGUUAGAAGAGAGCCAGGAUGGUAUGGACAGUGGUAGCCUGACUCCUGGCCCAGCUUCAGCUCGACAGGUCUGCAUUCAGCGCCACCCCAGCCAAGGCUUCGGAUUCAUAGCAGGCAGCCAGAGACCAGUCAUUGUACGCUCCGUCUCUGCAGACGGCCCGUCCAUCGGCAAGCUUCUCCCUGGAGACCAGAUCCUGGCCAUCAAUGAGGAGGUGGUGAGCGAGGCUUCCCGGGAGAGAGUCAUAGACCUUGUAAGGUAA